AUGGCGGAAAUUCUAGAGAUGCUAUCGGAGGAAUAUGGUGGACGUGUUGAACUCGCCAAAGCAUAUUACAAUGCGCUCACUGCUACCGUGAGGAAACAUUUCAAAGGCAAUGGUGUCAUUUCUAGCAUGCAGCAGUGCAACGACUUCAUGUUCCUCGGUACAGAAACCAUAUCACUUGGACGAGUUGGUGAUGAUUUUUGGUGCAAGGACCCAGCUGGAGAUCCAAACGGUACGUAUUGGCUGCAAGGAUGUCACAUGGUGCACUGUGCCUACAAUAGCUUGUGGAUGGGAAAUUUCAUACACCCAGAUUGGGACAUGUUCCAAUCUGAUCAUGCUUGUGCUGAAUUCCAUGCUUCUGCUCGUGCCAUCUCUGGUGGACCAAUUUAUGUAAGCGACUCUGUUGGAAAGCACAACUUCAAGUUGCUUAAGAAGCUGAUUCUACCCGAUGGCACCAUUUUGCGGUGUCAGCACUAUGCACUUCCUACCAGGGACUGCUUAUUUGAAGACCCUUUACAUGAUGGGAAAACAAUGCUAAAAAUUUGGAACCUCAACAAAUAUACUGGGGUUUUGGGUCUGUUUAAUUGCCAAGGAGGAGGGUGGUGCCGUGAGACUAGGCGAAACAAGAGUGCCUCUGAUUGUUCACACUCUGUGACCUGCUUUGCAAGUCCUGAAGACAUUGAAUGGAGCAAAGGGAAGCACCCAAUCUGCACCAAAGGGGUAGAUGUAUUUGCUGUGUACAUGUUUAAGGAUGACAAGUUGAAGCUCCUAAAGUGUGCAGAGAGUGUAGAAGUUUCACUUGAGCCUUUUGGUUUUGAGCUUUUGACAGUUUCUCCAGUGGUGGUCUUACCCAAAAAAUCAAUUCAAUUUGCUCCAAUUGGAUUGGUAAACAUGCUGAAUUCAGGGGGCUCAAUUCUGUCUAUAGAAUUUGAUGAAGAGGAAAAUUUGGCUAGAAUUGAACUGAGAGGACAUGGGGAAAUGAGGGUAUUUGCAUCAGAGAAGCCAGUAAGUUGUAAGAUUGAUGGAGCACCUGUGGAAUUUGAUUAUGCUGAAUGCAUGGUGAGGCUCCAAGUUCCGUGGCCUAGUUCUGUGGUCGAGUAUUUGUUCUGA